AUGGCCUUAAUGCUAGAUAACUAUGAAGGCAUAUUAUUAUCCUUAGAAUCCCAUAAAUCAGUCCCAGCUCCAUUUUUGACUAAAACAUACCAGCUUGUCGAUGAUCCCACAACAAACCACAUAGUUUCUUGGGGUGAAGAUGAAACAACCUUUGUUGUUUGGCGUCCAUCGGAGUUUGCUCGUGACCUUCUUCCCAACUAUUUCAAACACAACAAUUUCUCUAGCUUCGUCCGCCAACUCAACACCUAUGGUUUCAGAAAGAUUGUACCAGACAGAUGGGAAUUUGCAAACGAUUUCUUUAAAAAGGGUGAGAAACAAUUAUUGUGUGAGAUCCACCGGAGAAAAACAGCUCAGACGCAAGUGGCCCUCAACGACCAUCACCACUAUCCCAGCCACUCAAUCAGUAGCCCAUUUUUCCCCCAAUACACAACCCGAGUCAGCAUCUCACCACCAGACUCCGAUGAGCAGCAACCACCCAAUUGGUGUGAUUCACCGCCACUCUCUUCUCCCACCGGCAUCUCCGUCAUAACAAACUUCACCAGCAGCAGCAGCAACAAUUCAGUCACUGCGCUUUCAGAAGAUAAUCAAAAGCUUAGAAAGAGAAACAGUAUGCUCACAUCUGAAUUAGCCCACAUGAGAAAACUAUACAAUGAUAUUAUUUACUUCGUUCAGAACCAUGUGAAGCCAGUUGCACAUAGCAAUUCUUAUCCUUCUUCUCUAUUCCCAUGUAACUCAUCAGCACAACCUUCUGCCGCCGUCCUUUUGGCGGCAUCCGCGAAUUCAAAACGUAAUUUGAAAGCCAUAUUUCAACCUGAACAUUCUAUAAACCAGAGAGUGGCACUGCCUGUGAACAGUACAGUGAUAAGUCUUGAAAGGCCGGCAACAAAUAGCGAAAUGUGCAAUACAAAGCUGUUUGGUGUGCAACUCCCAUCCAAGAAAAGAUUGCAUUCUGAAUUUUCUUCUUCUACUAUGGAGACUAACAAGGCAAGAUUGAUCUUGGAGAAGGAUGAUUUGAGGUUGAAUCUCAUGCCACCUUUUCCUUGUUAG